CUCACGCCUCGCGCGGUAAGAUGGCGGCGCAGUUAACGGACGCGGAAUUGUUUUCCGAAUUGAAAAAGUUCGGUUUGGUCCCGGGUCCCGUGACCGAGAGCACGCGCCCCGUCUACCUGAAGAAGCUCAAGAAGCUGCGCGAUGAGCGCGGCGCCAGGCCUAAAACCAGGAACGGUGGCGGCGGCGGCAGCAGCAGCGGGGGAAUAGGCCCGAGUUCGGGCCUGGGCCUCGGCGGGUCCACCACCCCCACGUCUGCCCCCGUAACCCCGGGCAAGCUGCUGGGUUUCAGCUCGGACGAAUCGGACGCCGAGCCCAACGGCAGAAGAAGCGAGGCCGGCAAGAGGACGAGCAGGACGGAUAAAGCUCCGGGCGACUGCCCCCGCCCGCGGCCUAGUCACAGCAAAGGGAGGAACACCCCUCCGAGAAUGGUGAACAGCAACAAUAACAGCGGCAGUGGAGCGGGCCUUUCGUCCGGGAAAGGGAACCCCACCCCUUGGUGGAGGCCGAACACAAGCGGCGGCGUCCAGCAGUCGCCGGAGGAAGAGGAACGACGUCUGGGAACAGAUCUGCAGAGCCACAACAACACCAACAGCAAUCGAGUCUCAUACGUUAGGGAUGGUAAUUACUCUGACUCCGAGGAUGAGCGAGAAGAAGAGUCGAGCCGGAGACUCAACUCCAGGCGGAGUCUCUCCAAGAAAUUACUGGCCACCGUUAACAAUCAUAACCCGAGAGCGACGGUGGAGGAGGGCGGCGCCAAACGGAUCCACGACGUCGCCGGCGGUCCUUACUGUCUAGACGCAAGGAGAGACCAACUGGAGGAGGAGGAAGAGGAUCAGAGGGAGAAAGACGCCACAGCGGAGCCCACCAUGUUAUUGCGGUUCCGUAAUUCCUCUUCCAAAAAGAUUGGCCCAGGACUGCUGGCUUCUGAGAAGGAGAGUCUUUAUAAGAGCAGUACGAGAAACAAUAAUCACGUUAGCGCCACAAGUAAUUUUAUCACCAGUCCAAGUGGACCCUCGUCCUCCCUUCUGAUCAAUGCCAAUCACUCAAACCAUACGGGCAGUAACCACAUUUACAGUGCAUUUCGUAAAAGCCCCAGAGAGCCUGAGGAGGAACUAUUGCAGCAAUUUAAAAGGGAGGGGGGUUCGGCAACCGGUGGGUUCAGUGCACACUACUUAUCCAUGCUUCUUUUAACUGCUGCAUGUCUGUUUUUCGUCAUAUUGGGACUUACCUAUAUAAGGAUGAGGGGUUCUGGAGGAACAGGAGGCGUUCUUAACGUAAAAUCGCAGCCAUUUGGAAUAGAUGAUAAGGUUGAAGAGAAAAGAGUAAUUCUGAUUAUUCUUCAUAGACUGCAUGAUCACCUAGCAAAAAUAGCGGGAGACUACGAUUGUGGCGAUCAUGUCCAUUAUAAAAACAGAAGUCUGCCUGUCCAAGAUGCUGCUGAAUAUGUAACUGUCCUUGAUCCCAAUCAUGAAAAGAAAUUUAAUGGUUCACUACAAUGGAUUUUACAGAGUACAGAUGAUUUUGGUAUAAAGUUGCUUGGCAGUGACUCAGAUGUCAAGGUAAAUGAUGUGAGUGAAGUACAGUAUCUGGAAUCCACGCAUCCACAGAUGUCAUUUAUCUGCCGCUUUCGCCGUGCAUUCCUAACUGUCUUGCACAGGAUGUUUAUAUUUCUUGUGGGUGUGGGAAUUGUGUGGGCAGUGCUUCAUUACAUGAAGUAUCGUUGGCGGAAGGAAGAGGCAGAGACAAGACAGAUGUAUGACAUGGUGGAAAGAAUCAUAGAUGUUCUGAAAAGCCAUAAUGAAGCCUGCCAAGAAAAUAAAGACUUACAGCCUUAUUUGCCUAUUCCCCAUGUACGUGAUUCUCUCAUACCACCCCAGAAUAGGAAAAAGAUGAAAAAGGUGUGGGAGAGAGCUGUUGUUUUUGUUGAAACCAAUGAGUCCCGUAUUCGGAAAGAAACCCAAAGAGUAGGAGGAGGGGAUUUCUUAGUUUGGAGAUGGACUCAACCGUCUUCAACUUGUGAUAAAAUAGCAGUUGUGCCAUCUAAAGUAUGGCAAGGAAAAGCCUUCCAUCUUGAUGGUAGAAAUUCUCCACCGAACAGUUUGACACCCUGUUUAAAGAUUCGGAAUAUGUUUGACCCUGUCAUGGAAAUUGGGGAUGACUGGCAUAUUGCAAUUCAGGAAGCAAUCCUAGAAAAGUGCAGUGACAAUGAGGGAAUUGUUCAUAUUGCUGUGGAUAAGAAUUCACGUGAGGGUUGUGUCUAUGUGAAGUGUUUGUCUCCAGAAUAUGCUGGCAAGGCUUUUAAAGCACUUCAUGGCUCAUGGUUUGAUGGAAAACUAGUGACUGUAAAAUAUCUGAGAUUAGAUCGUUAUCAUUAUCGCUUUCCUCAGGCUGUCCAUUGCAACACUCCCUUAAAGCCAUCAAAUAGGUACAUGAAUUCAAUGUCACAUCUGCGUCUUCUGACCAACACAGCUAACUCUCAAGGAGCCUCAUGAGACCUCUCCUAUCCCUGCCAGUACUGUUACACUGCAGCGAGAAGUCCUGCUUGAAUGCUCUGUCUUCCUUUUUAUUGCUUUUAUAUGUACACUUUUUGUAUUAUAAGGAGUGCAUCUUUUGUUAAGAUGCCAGGAAGCUGGAGAAAAUUUCCAAAGGCGCUAUCUGUAACAUUUCAGUGUAUUGGGAUUAACAAGUAGUGGCAUAGAAGUAAAACAAGAUAUGACUUUCAUGCAGCAGUUAUAAUUCUUAGACUGUGUACUGGGCAUGAACAGUUUUGUUUACUGAAAUUGUGAAAAUUUAGGUGUCUUGGGGAUUAAUCAUGUACACUAUAGUUCAGUCAGUAUUUGACCGAGCUAAAGGAGAGGAUAUCAGUCGGUCAGAUGUGACUACUCAAAAACUUUUUGCAUUUUUUGGAAUUUGGAAUUGCAGUGCUUGAAUAUAAAUUUGCGAGUGUAAAUUUGGUACAAAAUGGUCAUCUGACAAUUGCAAAUAGCAUAGAGCAAGUACACAACAUGUAGGGCACAUUGCAACAGAGCUGUUGAAAGCUGUCAACAGAAAUUUGAAAUGAAGGGCAUAGUGUAGCUGUCUGCUUAAUGAGAUCUGAUUUAUUUUGUGCAUUAAACAUGUCUGGAUUAAAUAUGGAUUAAUACUAGCAAUAUCGUGCAGAAGGAAGACCCAGCAGUGUUAUGUAGAAUGUCAUAGUUUGCAGAAUGACAAAUGUGCAGUUUACUCAAAUAAUACAAACAAAAAAUGACUUAGUUUGAUUAACAACUUGGUUUAUAUUCCAUUAAGUAAAUGCAAGCAAUCCGAAUAAUGGAAUUAUUGGUAGAAUGAGUAUAGAUUAAUGUUCACUUAAUCUUGAUUUCAUUAUUUAUUCCAAAUUUUGGGUCAUAUUCUGCAGGCAAGAGCAUUUCAGCAUGGAAUUGCACAAAAUGCACAAUUUACUGAGUAAACAUGAUGCACACUGCCUGCUUUACUGUGCCUUACCUUUGUGUGCUUGAUGCAGGCACUGUAACUUCAUUCCAAGUUUUAACAAGUUCAGCGUAGAGAAGUAGCCAGUUUGUUCUGUACAACUUUGUUGCACUUUGGUUAAGAAGUUGUACUAAAAGUAAAACAAGACAUCUUGCUGUACCACGUGUGCAUCGUGUGAUGGUGUUAAUAUUAUUCAUGUUUUUGAGCCGACCCAUCAUGCACCUGAUUUGUUCUGUUGUAAAACUGUGCAAGUCGAUUUGGCAUUUUUUAAAUAAGAUGGGGCACUAUUUGAUGCAGAUGCAUCUUUGAAUUUUCCAGCUUCUAUGAUGUAUUUCAUUUUAUGUAAACAUUGUACAUUUAUAUAUUGUAAUAUGUACCAUUAUGCAGCUUAUUUUGCUUAUAACUGUUAAAUUUGACAAUAUCCUACCUGCAAGACAGAUGGGAAGGUGUAUAAUAUCCAGACGUUCAAAAAGUUCAGAUGUUUAAUGUAAUUUGUCAUUUGUCUUGUAAAAACACUCUAAUUAAAGGUUUACUAGGGGUUUUUAAAA